UUGUCGCACCUAGCCGCGCCUCUAUUGGUCUCUCUCGCUAGCACUUCCUCCCUCCGUUUUCCAUUCCUUCAAUCCUUUCUCUUCUCUCAUCUAAGAUCAGCGCUCGUCUCUCGUCGACGCUUCCAGUGAAGCAGUGUAUCUGUCAGAGGCACAUUAAGUUUGAUAGAAUUCCCUGUUGCCUAAUAGAUUACAAGCAUCAAGAAUGCAAUAAUGAAUAAAGAAAGUUUUAAGUGAUUAAUUUGAAAGGCAUGGUGGAUCUAGGGAACUUGUUCUUAUGGAAACUGCAAAGCUUCUUAGUCAUGUCUGCAUUCCUUAGGUGCUGCAAAAGAGUGAUACUAUGCAUGGCCUGUUUGAACCAAUGAACUGGUAGCCUAGUUUGCUGUCUGCAAGAUGGAGUUCAGUGAUGGUUUUGUAUCCGAAGAGCAUAGAGAAAUGCUUAAAUCUGCUGCUGAGAGCAUAGAUCCAAUAUCUGUUUCACCCAUUGAAGUUACAUCACCAAGAUCCCCCAAAACACCGCGUGGCAAGAGUAACUCCAACAAAUGGAGUCCAGUUGAGCAUAGUAGGCAUUCACAGUCAGGAAGAGAUGGUCACCCCAACAAACUAGAUCCAAUAUGUGUUUCACCUGUUGAAGUUACAUCACCAAGGUCCCCUAGAACGCCACGUGACAAGAGUAAUUCCAACAAAGGGAGUCCAGUUAAGCAUAGUAGGCAUUCACACUCAGGAAGAGAUGGUCGCCCUAAAAAGGGUGGCUCUGGUGGUAAAGGCACAUGGGGAGGACUACUUGCUAGCGAAGGUGGUUAUUAUCUUGACCCCAAUGAUCCAAACUAUGAUAGCAGUGAGGAAAAUUACCCAAUAACACCUAGUAAAACAUCAGCAGAUCUUGAAGAGUUUAAAAAAAAAGCCACAGUGAUAGUAGAAGAAUACUUUGCUACUGAUGAUAUCAUGUCAACUGCAAAUGAACUAAGAGAUCUAGGCUGUCCAUCUUUCCAUUACUAUUUUGUGAAGAAGCUGGUUUCUAUAGCCAUGGACAGGCAUGACAAGGAGAAAGAAAUGGCUGCAGUGCUGUUAUCAGCUCUCUAUGCUGAAAUCAUCAAUCCACCACAAGUAUAUAAAGGCUUUUGUAAACUAGUUGAAUCUUCAGAUGACUUAUCUGUGGAUAUACCAGAUGCUGUAGAUGUCCUGGCUGUGUUCAUUGCUCGAGCUGUGGUUGAUGACAUUCUUCCUCCAGCAUUUUUGACAAAACAGAUGGCUUCCUUGCCAAAAGAUUCAAAAGGAAUUGAGGUUAUAAGGAGAGCUGAAAAGAGCUACUUAUCAGCACCACUCCAUGCAGAGACUAUAUUACGGAGAUGGGGUGGUAGCAAGAGCACAACAGUGGAGGAAGUGAAGAAUAAGAUAAACAAUCUGCUGAUUGAGUAUAUUGCAAGUGGUGACAAGGCAGAGGCUUGUAGGUGCAUCAAGGAUUUGAAAGUUCCUUUCUUCCACCAUGAAAUAGUUAAACGGGUGUUGAUACUAGCCAUGGAAAGACAAACAGCUGAAGCCCUCAUUUUAGAUUUUCUGAAAGUAGCUUCUGAAGAAGGGUUGAUAAAUGCAAGCCAGAUAUCUAAAGGAUUCAACCGGUUGAUCGACACCAUCGAUGACUUAUCUCUAGACAUCCCAAAUGCAAGGGACCUCUUACAAUCUUUGAUAUCUAAGGCUGCAUCGGAAGGCUGGUUGUGUGCUUCCUCCCUGAAAUCACUUUACUUUAGACGUGAAAAACAAGUGGAAGACAGUACAAUUAAGCUUUUUAAGACAAAGGCCACAUCUAUCAUUCAGGAAUAUUUCUUGACAGGUGAUAUCAUAGAAGUUACUAAUAGUUUAGAAUCAGAAAAUCUCUCUUCCUCCACCCCAUUAAAUGCUAUUUUUAUCAAGAAGCUAAUAACUUUAGCAAUGGACAGGAAGAAUAGGGAGAAAGAAAUGGCUUCCGUUUUGCUGUCAUCUUUGUGUUUUCCAGCAGAAGAUAUUGUCACAGGCUUCGUGAUGUUGAUAGAGUCUGCUGAAGAUACAGCAUUGGAUAUUCCAGCCAUUGUUGAGGAUUUAGCUAUGUUUCUAGCCAGGACAGUGGUGGAUGAAGUACUGGCCCCAUUACACUUGGAUGAAAUUGGAAAUCAAUGUGAAGGGCAGGAUUCAAUUGGCAGCAAAGUGCUUCAGCUGGCCCGCUCAUUGCUCGGGGCUCGCCUUUCUGGCGAAAGGAUCCUUCGGUGUUGGGGUGGAGGUGGUAGCAACAAGACCGGAUGGGAGAUUGAUGAUGUCAAGGACAAGAUUGGGAAGUUGUUGGAGGAGUAUGAUUCUGGUGGGGAUUUAAGAGAAGCUUGUCGCUGCAUAAAGGAACUUGGAAUGCCAUUCUUCCACCAUGAGGUUGUUAAGAAAGCACUGGUGACUGUUAUGGAGAAAAAGAAUGAGAGGUUAUGGGGCUUGUUAGAAGAGUGUUACUCUGUAGGUCUUAUAACACCAAAUCAAAUGAUGAAAGGUUUCGGGAGAGUAGCAGACAGUGUUGAUGAUUUGGUGCUGGACGUGCCAGACGUGGAGAAACAGUUUGCUGUUUAUGUUGAACGAGCAAAGAAGGAAGGGUGGUUGGAUCCUUCUUUUUCCGCUGGUAAAUCAGGAUGUGCGGUUGAGAAUGGCUUUUGCUCUUAAGAAGCUGGGAGGUGGCAAUUGUGUCUGAUCACGCAAAAACUGCAGAUCCUUUGUCCAUUGUUCGGCAUCUCUCAGAUCAUAUCUUCUAUGGUGACCUAUUACUGCUCUCGUUCUUUCACAUGCAUAGAUGUUGCUGAAGCUGGCAGGACUCAUAUCCAUAAACUUUUUAAAUGAUAUGCCACUGAGGCCAGCUAAGAAUUGCGGGGAUGGGGAGGAUCUCCUAUUUGAAAUUUACUUUGUUGAAUAAGGAGACUAGAAAGGCAGAUCAGAUAUUUGUACUCUUUAUUCAAAAUCUUUUCCUUAUUCCUUUGUAAUAAUAUGACUUUUCUGUAUUCUCUUUCUGAUCUAUAUUUCUAAUGGUAGUAGCUGGUUUUAUUGUUUGCCUCAUAACUUUGAGCA